AUGCUAUAUGCGCUUCUCGGAGUUCCCAAACUAAGGCGAACCUGGAACUGGGAGGACCCCGCCAAUCCGCAGCCAUGCCCUCUCAGGCAAUCCGGGCCCUCAAUGCUGCAAUGCUGCAAUGCUGCAAUGCAUCCGCCAACUUACCGCCAUAUCGCCCACCUCGAUAAGUCCGACGAGUGCCGGUCGCAGCCCGUAGGUGGCUCCCACGUUCCCCUGCCUCCCCGGAUGACGACGUUGUGA